UAUCCCCUAUGUAAUUUGCCGGGAAGAGACAUGUGACAUUACUUCGGUGUCUAUGCAUGCUGGCUACCAUGCGUUAAGUUGUGUACUCAAUUUCUUAAAAAUAUUAUAUGGAUGUUUGGAACGGAAGAUACUGAGCAAAUAUUUGUUGAUUAGAAAUUGACUAUGAUGGGCUGCGAAAGUCAACUUGGAACCACGAGAUUUUUGUCGUUGUGUUUACAAACUUCUUUGUUGUUGAUGUCAAUAUUCCAUACCGGUAUUUCAAGUGUUAAAGCUGAUGUCCGUUGUUAUUGCAAUCUUCCUGCUUGUGUGACAUCCGGGUACAUGUGCAAGUCGUCCGUCGGGGUCUGUGUCUCGGAUCACUUUGGCUUCAACGGCGACAUAUGGCAAUCUCGACAUGCAUGUCUGGAGCUUCUUGCAAAUGAGGCCAAGCAAAUCAGACCGUCAGAGUGCCCACAGAAUUUCCCCGAUGUAGUUCUGGAUAGUGGAAAAUUUCCUGCUCGUUUUUGCUGCAAAGAGGACAUGUGCAAUUAUUUCCGCAAUUCUGUUGAUCCGCAUGAUCCAGUCUAUAGAUUGAAUCAUAGUUACAUGACAGGUUACCUGUCAAAUGAUGAUUACUUCUACAGACAUGGUGGUAAUAACAAAAACAAUGAAACAUCUGUUCACCAGAAGAUGUGGUUCAAAGCUGCCGUCAUAGCUGUGCCCAUUGCAGGUGGAUGCAUUCUCAUCAUGUUAAUCAUCAUGGCUGCCAAAAUGCUGAAAGCUGAUUAUAAACGUCACAGAGAAUGGACGGAGUUUCGUCGACGACACAGACUGAAUACACAUGUCGUCUACACUGGUGAAAAAUCCCUCAGUCGCAGUCUGUUUUUCUUGCCAAAAUCAUUCAGCUGCGCUGUUUUGGGGAGUGACAGCAGCUACCGUCAUCCACAGCUGCACAAAACCUAUGCUUCUGUUGGAAGCAUUGGGCAACCCAAUAACUUAUAUAAAAACGUUUCCAUAGCUCUAUCUACUGAUACAAAUUGCACAGAUGGUUCAAGAGACAAGUAUUUUGUUUUCGAUUUGUGAAGUAUCGAAACAGGAGAUUGGUAAUCCUCUGUUUCAUUUGAAAGUUUCAGCUGCUUAAGACAUUUGCUUCGUACUGAAUUACAGAGCUUUUUCUUUCCAGUUCAAAAGCCCGAGCAACCGAAUAGACGCAGCAGUUGAAAGUGGCAUGAUGCAUUUUCAGUCGAUGAUUGGCAUGUUAUCAUAACAUGUCGUGGUAAUUGUAAAUUUAUAAAAUUUUAUUUUGCUUCUGAAGAUGAUAUAUGACUAACAGUUGUAGCUGAAUGUUGUACAUAGAAUUUCUGAGCAAUGCCAACUGUCCACAUUUUGUGUUCCUAAGAGUUGUUGCUCAAAUGUGUUGAGCACAUCUCUCACCAAAUGAGCUGUAUCAUUGUUCGUGUUGAGUAACUUUCAUAAACUGGCAUUUUAUCUUAUCUGGAAAAGUCUUUUGUUCUUUUCAGCAAAGGUACAUUGAAAGAAAGGCGUAACAUUGGCCAAACGUCAAGAAAAAAAUAUAGUGAUGUUUCUUUCAUGUUUGUCAUUUGUGUUUAGUUCAGAAUUCAUUUGUUCUAUGCUUCUAAUUUUGCUUAUUGCUGAGAAGAAUUAGUCAAAUGUAUAUUAACUAGAAUUAUAAGAAAGGCGGAAAGUUUUUCUAAGGAAGCAUAGUAAAAAGCCCAACAUAUUUAACAUUUAAUAGCAGAACAUAAAUUAAUAUUUCACAUAAAUUUUAUUACAAUUUAUUCUAGUUCUAACAAAAAUCAGCAAAGACAUAAAAUCUCUUACUAUUUAUUGUCCUAGAAACUGACUCUAACCCAUUUUCCUUCCAGAAUACUCGAAUGAAAUUUAGUCAUUGUCCUUGUGCGCAUGACUACAUAAAAUACCGAUUUCAAUUUAUUCUUCCUAUUUAAAAUAAUUCCAUUGUCAUUCCUGUAAAGAAAGCCGUAAGUCGUUUGAAAUCUCUGGCAAAUUCAUUAAUUAUAGAUUAAAAAAACAUUGAAGCAAGUAAUGAUUUUGUUUUAGCUAAUAAAUAUAAAUAAUGAUUUUGUUUUAGCUAAUAAAUAUAAAUAAUGAUUUUGUUUUAGCCAAAUUAUUAAUUGUUCUUUAAAUUAAUAUUGUGUAUUUAACCAAACAAUCCAGAAAUAAAUUGAUACAAUUUUAAGUGAAGCAAUGUGAAUCCUUCUUAUUUAAAAUAUGAUUUGUGGUUAAUAAUUCCCAACAUAUGCACAAAAUAAUAUCCUUUAUUCAAGCAUAAAUCCAUAUCUGAAGAUAAUUUGACCAUUUUAUUCUAUUAUACGUUGGGUUAUAUAUGGUACUGCUCAAUUAAUCGAUAUUAUUUUUUUUUAAAUGUUAUAGAAUUAAAACAGAUACUUAUGAAGUUUUAUAUAGUUUGAAAUUUAUAUGAAAUGUCCUUUAACUGAAUAAAAGUAUUAAAGAAGAAAGCUUAAACUAAGCUUCUGACAGUGAUUUCAUUCAAAUAUGAUUUUGAAAAUUUUAAUACGUUUUUAUUGUUAACAUUUCUUCAAAUAUUAUGUGAAUUAUAUAAUUUGGAGCUUCAAAGUAGGAUUGUGAAGACAAACAUACAAUUGUAUAUACCUUCUAGCUCAUAACCUUAGUUACUCACUCGAACAUAACAAAUUCUAAUUUAUAUAUAUAAAAAAAGUAUUGUUAUGAACUUUUUGAACAAACAUUUUUUUAUUAUUGGAAUCUUUUUUUCAUUUUUAUAAGCAACCAUUUUAAUUAGCUCUGCAUAAUAAAAGUUUAGCAUUAGCAUAUACCCAUAAAUUUCGUAUUACAGCAGAUUUGUGUAUUAAAAAACAGUACUUGCGUGCUAUUAAAAUCUGAAGAAAUAUAAUUUAAAAAUAUUUGUUUAUUUUGAGUUUUAAUUAAAAUUAUCACAUACUAUUUUAUUAUAUGAGUUGAAUUAGAAAACUAGAAAAACGUUUGAUAUCAAAAUCAGUUAUUUGAUGCUCAAAAUAUAUUUUUAAUCAAAGAAGAUUAAAAAUGUAUUUGUAUACAAUGUAUACAGUUUAUACUGUACUCAUUUGGCCCUCAUUUGUAUACCGUUCAUAUUGGGUGAAAUAUUUCGCACAUUUUCGAUUUUGUAUUAAUGUGAACUUUAUUCCUCUUCAAAGAAUUCACACGUAUAUUUUGCUCUUUUUUUAACCUGUUCGAUUAAUUAAUUUCUUUUAUUAACAAAAUUUAACCUUACUGAAAAUGUUAAUCAAGCAAAGAAUUUUUUUUUACAGAAAUUAAAAUUUUGUAACUGUAAAAAAAAGUUUGUUUAU